AUGUUGAAGUUGAAGAAGUGGGCCGCACGCGUGGCGCUUGCGGGCCUCCUGGUGGCCGCCCUCCACGCCGCGCCCCACACCGAGCGGAGGCGGUCGCGGUCCAUCCUGUCGGGCGGCUAUCUGCCCCCCCCGGCGGGCGGAGGUGGGAGCGCGUCCGGGGCUUCGCGCGGGGGUGGAUACAGCGGCUCGGCGGGUGGAGGAGGCGGCUCUAAGUUCGGCGUAUCUGGAGGUUCCUUCGGAGGAGGAUCCUUUGGUGGAAGAGGAGGAUCAGGUGGAGGAUACGGCGGCUCCUCAGGUGGAUCGUCUGGAGGAGGAUCCUUUGGUGGAAGAGGAGGAUCAGGUGGAGGAUACGGCGGCUCCUCAGGUGGAUCAUCUGGAGGAGGAUCCUUUGGUGGAAGAGGAGGCUCAGGUGGAGGAUACGGCGGCUCCUCAGGUGGAUCGUCUGGAGGAGGUUCCUUUGGUGGAAGAGGAGGAUCAGGUGGAUCGUCUGGAGGAGGAUCCUUUGGUGGAAGAGGAGGCUCAGGUGGAGGAUACGGCGGCUCCUCAGGUGGAUCGUCUGGAGGAGGUUCCUUUGGUGGAAGAGGAGGCUCAGGUGGAGGAUACGGCGGCUCCUCAGGUGGAUCGUCUGGAGGAGGUUCCUUUGGUGGA